ACUAUUUACCGGGAUAAAAACCGGAGGAACCAGGCAUGGAGGGAGGUGGCAGAGACAGUGGGUGAAACUGCCAUGGAAGCUCUGGAGGCCCUGGAGAGUUCGUCGGUGUACAUGUGCUUCCCGUGCUACCAGGAGUUCAACACCCUGGAAGAAGUGCUUCAGCACCAGUUGACAUGCACUGCUGAGGAUGAGCAGCAGGAAACAUCUGCAACCAGCCCUGUCACUGUUCCCCUGCUGCAGAACCAGCAACAGGUGAUAAAUAUAUCGGGGGCAGUUGCAGUCCCACAGAUUCAACCUGUGCUCAAGCAGACAGCGCUCAGUGCAGAAGCUGCAGACCAGCCCAGAAUCCUCUACCAGUGUGGGGACUGUGAUGAACUUUUCAAGAGCCUGGACCUUUGGCAGCAACACCGUAAAGAAGAGACAUGUCAGAGGUCAAAACCUGACUCACAGCCUGAGCCCGAGACCGCUUCAGCUCAGAGCUCAACUUUUAAUCCAGAUGAUUGUUCGGAGAUAAGUGUAAUCCUUAAACCUGAACCAGAGGAGACUCCUGUUGGAGAGGAAGAGGAACUGGAAGAAGGGCAGCUCGUUACAGGGGGCUCUGAUGUGUCUGAGGCGGCCCCUUCCACCUCUACUCAGGAGGAUUUCUCUCCCAGGAGGAGAGGAGUGAACAAAAAGCCCAAACCUGAGCCCGUGCUCCUGUGUGUGGACUGCGGCUCUUGCUUCGGCCUGGUGUCUGAACUUGUGUCCCACCGCAAGACCCAGCACGGAUUUGAGGAAGCUCUGCACCGCUGCUCUGUGUGCGGAGAGAGCUUUCUGAACACCACACUGUUCCUCUACCACCGCAAGCAACACCGGCAGAAAGGCGAGGAAACUGUGGUCGGGGAGGAUGCUUGUCCUCAGGGAAACGGCACUGAGGAGCAGGACCAGGAUGUAGCUGCUUCCAUGGAAACUGAGCCUUCAAGUUACACACAACCAGAGUUAUUCAUGUGCACCCAGUGCGGGGAGAGCUUCAACAACGAGGGGGGGCUGGGAACCCAUCGUAAGCAGAAGCACGAUCUAAAGGAGCCACUUCACAGCUGCCCCCACUGUGGAGAGAGCUUCAUGAACACUACCCAGUUCCUGUACCAUCGCAGGCAGCACCGCUUCACUUCAGGCACGGAGGAGGUGGUGGAUGGAGUUGAAACGAGUGAGGAAACAGUCGAGGCUUUAGCUCAGGCGGCAGUGCAGAACUCCAAGCGGCUGCUCUCCCCCCUCGCCUCCGCUAGUGAGUCAGGAUCACCCCCUUUUAAGAGAAGCAGGCUCUCCUUGAGGAUCCUCAGCGGCUCGAGUCCACUCAAAGGACUCAAGGGCAUCAAUGAUGAAUCAGAGGUCGGCACUGCGGCAGACUCGGACCACACGAACCACCCCCCGCCUGCCAAGCUGCUGCAGGACUGGGCCCGAACCCCGCUGCCUCACGUCUGCCCGUACUGCGGAAAGACCUUCACCCGCAGAGUCUUCCUGCGCACACACGUCUACAGCCACACCGGAGAAAAGCUUUUCACGUGCAAGGUUUGCACAAAGUCCUUCACUAACUCCCAGAGCCUGCUGCGCCACAGCAUGAGCCACACGGGCAACAAACCCUACAGCUGCGACGUUUGUGGCAAAAACUUCUCUCAGGCAGCCACCCUGAAGAGACACCAACGCAUUCACACAUCCACCCUGCCUCGACGCAAGAGGGGACGCAAACCGGCGUGUACUCUGGACAGUGAAGGAGCCGCUCAUCUGUUCCCGUGUCCUAACUGCCCGUCACGCUUCAACACGGAGGAUCAACUUAACCAUCACAAAUUGCUCCACACCAGCCAUCCGUUUCCUUGCGAAGAAUGUGGAGAGGCCUUCAAACGCAGGAGAGACCUGGACCUGCACUCGCUCACGCACCAAGACAAGCAGCCAGCGACUUGUCUUCACUGUUCAAAUCAGUUUGUGAACCAGUCCGUUCUGGAAAUCCACAUGCAGCGCUGCCCCUCCACAGAGGAUGACAAGAACACGGGGCGUGGACGAGGCCAGGGCCGAGGACGAUGCACCGGACAGGUUGAGUGUGACCUAUGUGGCCACCGCUGCAUGACUCAGGAGGGCCUCGACCUCCAUCGGUUAUCCCACACGGGCCAGACGCCUCUCAGAUGCCCGGUGACGCCUUGCCGCCGCAGAUUCACCUCCGACAGCACCCUGGAGGAGCACGUGCUGGCGCAUUUCCAGGGAGCGCUCGGCAAGUCCAAAAGCCGACCCCGCUACCGCUGUCAGAUUUGUCAGAAGGAUUUUGCAUACAAUUCCACCUUCAAUGUUCACAUGAGGACACAUACUGAUGAGAGGCCCUUUGAGUGCGCCACAUGUGGGAAGCGUUUCCGGCAGCUGCCCCACCUCCAGGACCACGAGCGCAUCCACAGCGGCCUGCGACCUUUCUGCUGCUGGAUUUGUGGAAAGAGCUUCAGCGUGGCAGCCCGGCUCACAGAGCACGCCCGCACCCACAGCGGGGAGAAGCCCUACCCCUGCCCCCACUGCCCCGCCGCUUUUCGCUCGCGCUCCAACCUGGAUAAACACAUCCGGCUGCACGGAGACCUGCCUUUGGAGAGCAUUGAGGAGGCGGCGCAGGCAGCUGAGGCCGCCCACGUCCAGAAGGUCCUGGAAGGGGCCAAGGUGCUGUCCUCGCUGGCCUCCACGGGGGACUUCGAUUCUGGCUCAGUGCAGACCAUCUACGUGCUGCAGGGCGACGGAGGCACAGAGACCGUCAUGAUCCCCUCCGAUCAGUUCGGCAACAUAGACGGCACCUCGCAGGUCGUCAUCCUGCCCUCCUCUGUGCUGGGAGGGCAGGGCAUCAACGUUCCCACCAUCACCAUGGACGGAAACGAAAUCACCAUGGUGGAGACGAGCCAGUCGGAGCAGCACGCCAUCGAGUUCAUCGUGGAGGAAACGGUGUAAUCGAGACAUUAAAUACUAUUUUCAGUAGAGAAAAGGCUGAAAGAGGAAUUGACUGUUGAGUUCAAAGUUCGAGUUAUUACCAUAAAUGUAUAGUUUGAUUGUUUGACUGUGUAGCAAAAUUAUUUUACAGCUUGAGAGGAAAAUCUAAUAAAAUUGUUCAAAAAAAUAAA